GCGCGCUCCGCAAGGCUGCUUGUUGUUCCCGCAGAGAGGCAAGAAGAUGGCGGCUGUGUCGAGCGGAGGUGCUGCUGGAUCCACAGCGGCCGGGAUUACGCACUCUACUCGACCAGCCCCCGUAGGCAUGGGUGCCCAGGGCCGAUUACAGACCUCCAGCGGGAUCAGCCACCAUAAAUCCGCCACGGCUACCGGCUGCAUCACUGGUUCCAGCCACCUCCAGCCUAGCAGGCCCCCCCCAGUCCGAGUGGGCUACUAUGAGAUGGAGCGGACCAUCGGCAAGGGGAACUUUGCGGUGGUUAAACUCGCCACACAUAUGAUUACCAAAGCCAAGGUGGCCAUCAAGAUAGUAGACAAAACCCAGCUGGAUGACGAGAACCUGAAGAAGAUCUUCAGAGAGGUUCAGAUCAUGAAGAUGUUGAGGCACCCACAUAUCAUCCGACUGUACCAGGUGAUGGAGACAGAGAGGAUCAUCUACCUGGUGACGGAGUACGCCAGCGGGGGGGAGAUCUUCGAUCACCUGGUGGCCCACGGGCGCAUGGCGGAGAAGGAUGCGCGGCGGAAGUUCAAGCAGAUCGUGGCAGCCGUCCACUUCUGCCACUGUCGCAACAUCGUACACAGAGACCUCAAGGCUGAGAACCUGCUGCUGGACCACAACCUUAACAUCAAGAUCGCAGAUUUCGGUUUCAGCAACAUGUUCACGCGGGGCCAGCUGCUGAAGACGUGGUGUGGCAGCCCUCCAUACGCUGCACCGGAGCUCUUCGAGGGCAAGGAGUACGACGGUCCCAAGGUGGACAUCUGGAGCUUGGGCGUGGUCCUCUACGUGCUGGUCUGUGGAGCCCUGCCCUUCGAUGGCAGCACCCUGCAGAACCUGAGGGCCCGAGUUCUGAGCGGGAAGUUCCGCAUCCCCUUCUUCAUGUCCACGGACUGCGAGUACUUGAUCCGGCACAUGUUGGUUCUGGAUCCCAAUCGGCGCCUCUCCAUGGAGCAAAUCUGCAAGAACAAGUGGAUGAAGCAGGGGGACCCCGACCCCGAGUUCGAGAGGCUGAUAGCGGAGUGCGAGCAGGUGAAGUCGGAACGGGAGACGGAGCUCAUCAACGAGCAGGUGUUGAUGGCCAUGGAUGACAUGGGGUUCAAACGCGAGGAAACGCUUCAGUCACUCCAGACAGACGCCUAUGAUCACUGCAGCGCCAUCUACAGUCUGCUUUGCGAGCGGCUCAAAAAACACAAGACGUUGCACUUUAAGCCUCCUGGUCCACGGGGCUUACCCAUCCCCCUCAGCAAUGUGCAGAUGGAUGGCCCGAUCCUGACUGUCCCUCAUGUCCAAUUAAUCAACCCAGAAAACCAGAUUGUAGAGCCCAUCCGAAACAUGGCCCUGGACAGCGACGAAGGGGAGGAGCCCUCGCCGGAAGCCAUGGCACGAUACCUAUCCAUGCGGCGGCACACUGUGGGAGUGCCCGACCCCAGGUCCGACCCGCAGGAAGACCUCCCGAAGGACAUCGACCAUCUCCGCAUGGUCACCCCACCGCCCAUCCCUUUCGUUGCCUUCGGCAACAACCACAUGCUGGUGCCCCCGCAGAACCUGCAGCCCACACAGCAACUGGAGUACAAGGAACAGUCCCUCCUGCAACCCCCCACCCUACAGCUGCUCAACGGCAUGGGCCCAUUGGGCCGGAGGGCCUCAGACGGAGGCGCCAACAUCCAAGUGCACGCCCAGCUGCUGAAGAGGCCGCGCGGCCAGUCCCCGCUCGUCACCAGCCCUCACCCCAUUCCAGCAGUCGCCCCCGUGGAUGAGGAAGGCUCAGACGGGGAGCCAGACCAAGAGGCCGUGCAGAGAUACUUGGCGAACAGGUCCAAGCGGCACACGAUGCAUGUACCCCUGAGUACGGCGCCUACUGAGCCACCCCCAGACACGCAGAGGCCCCAGGGGGCCCGGCAGAGGGCCUGGGCCCAGGAGCAGCACUGCCGGUCUAGCUACAAGGACUGCAACACGCUACACCUGCCCAUGGAGAGGUUCUCCCCAGUGCGGCGCUUCUCUGAUGGGGCCACCUCCAUCCAGGCCUUCAAGGCACAGCUGGAGAACAACAGCAUCCUCCGGCAGAUCAAGCAGGAGUGUGAGCAGCUGCAGAAGUUGUACUCGGCGCCGCAGGAUGAGAAGUUCCUAGAACACACGCAGCAGCAGCAUGUCUUGUACCAGCAAGAGCAACAGAUCCUACACCAGCAGAUCCAGGGCCUGUCUUUGGGACACGGAGAGACGCAGCCCAGCCACCUCACUCACCAGCUCCAAAGGUUGCGUAUCCAGCCGUCAAGCCCCCCCCCAACACAUCCCAGCAAUCAUCUGUUCAGGCAGCCCAACCAGAGCCCCCCCCCUGGCAGUACAGGCAUGAUGCAGGGCCAUGGUGGGCCGUCUUCAGCGCAGUACCAGCAUGGUGCCAGCCUCUAUCAGACCCCUGGUGGUAGCCCCCCACCUACCAGCCUCCCUCGCAUGGCACUUCCCCAGCAACCCCCCGGCCUGCCCCGCAACGUUGGCAUGGCCCAGGCCGUCCCCCAGCAGCAAGUGACCAUUCAGGUUCAGGAGGCGGAGCUGGGGGGCGGGGCCCAGCGCCAGGGCUUCCUGAACACACCGUGCCACCGGGUGCUCGGGAAGCAGCUGAGCGCCGACAGUGCCGAGACCCACAGUCGCAGCCUGAGCAGGUUCAGCUACACCCCAGGCUACGACCCAGCCCAGUUCAGUCCUCACCUGCUCGGGGAGGCUGGGAGGGGGCCCACGGGGGGUGGGGUGGUGGGUGGGUAUAACCCCUACCUACAGGCCACUUCCCUGAAAGUGCCAGGGCUGGAGGCCUACCAGAGCGGCGGCUCGGCAGCAGCCGGGGGCUACGGCAGCCCAUCAGCCCUCCAGCAGGCCCUGCUGUCCCCCACGCCGCCCGAAUACCGGCCCUCGCAGCACGUCACGCCCACCCUGCAGGGCCUGCUCUCCCCCCGGCACUCCCUCAGCGGCCAUGCCGACCCCCGGCUGCCCCCGCAGGACUUAGCCGCCCUGCUGAAGCGCCAGACGCCCCGACCGGCCCCCCCGGCCGCCCCCGCCGCCCCUGCCACCCCCCAGGACUACAGCGACUUGCUGCUCCUGCGCCACCUGAGCCCGGGCGAGUCCCUGGAAGCCCCGGCCCCCCCUCAAUACCACCACCUGCUGCAGAUCCGACCCCCCGAGUGCCGGCCCCCGCCGCUGCCCCAUUCCGAGAGCAUGGAGGAGGACGAGCCGCCCGGCUACCACGAGGGCCUGCUGGCCAAGGCCGUGGCCUGCGGGGAGGGCCACGAGCUGCUGGCACCCCCACGGGACAGUACGCCUCCCUACAGCACCGGUCCGCACCGGCACCCUUACCUGCACACUGCCCCCGCAGCCAGAGACUCCCCUGGGAGCGACCACGUGGAGUGUCUGCCCUCAGGACAGGUCAUGGAGCUGCCCGACCACAAUGGCACCAGCUAUAUGACUCGGGCUGGUCAGGGCGAGGGGUACCGAGCUCGUGGGCCCCUGCAGCGGCACCAUACCAUCCAGACCUGCGACGACGCCUACGACCAGGCCGAGCCUAUGAGCGGAAUGAGCCUAUUGGCUGGGAAGGCGCUAAGCUCCGCCCGGAUGUCUGACAUCCUCAGCCAAUCGUCUCUCACAGGAAGCCAGCAGCUGCACCACAGGGAGGAAUCAGCGUGUGACGUAGAGGAUGAGUUUCACACAGCUGCCUGUUACCCCUCCUCCUGCACCAGCGAUAUGCUCCUCAGCCUGAAGCCCCCUGACCUGCAGUACAGCAUGGAGCAGGCGGGAGUCUAAUGCAGGAGAAUCCCCUGGUGUAUAAAGGUCCAUUUCAGCCACCUGUGUUGAGCAGCAUCAUGCCAAACCGCCAUUGUCUGUCUGGAAGGGGGGGGGGGUGCCGUGUCAAUUCAGGGGAGGGGAGAAGGAGUCCAUGAGAAACCAUGGAGGGCUGGGGGGAUAGAUGGGGGCUUGAUGGCACAGAGUGGUGGGGGCAUUGCCCCAGCAUUCCAUACAGCCACCCUGGGGGGGUGGCCCCCGGCUCUCUCCAUCCGCCCCUUCAUCCCAGGGGGGGCUGUCAUAUUCUGCCCUUGCUCCCCAUUCUCCCCUCCCACCUCACUUCCCACCCCCCACUGUUGACGCCAACCAGCUGAAGCGGCGGGUCGACACGGCCCCUCCUCUGCUCGUCACCGUGGCGACGUGCCGAAAUCAAAGAGGCGUUGACUCACGCAAGCAUACUGUACGCACUCACGCACGCAGGCACACACACCGACAGACAGACAGACAGACAGACAAGCACACCUCAGAGUAUUCACACCAGGCUUGUGCUUCUCCCUCCGCCCCACCUCCCCUACCUCCCCCCCGCCGUAUCCAAGUAGACCAUUCCGGAGCAGGCUGUGUGCUCAAGGCCUAUGGGGGCCCAGGCUGAGAGCAGCAUGUUCCAUGGGGGUGGCGGGGUGGUAAUGUGGGCAGGCCUUAGGGGUGAGGUUAAGGGGGGACGCCUCUCUCUCUUUCUCUGUCUCUGUCUCUGUCUCUGUCUCUCUCUCUCUCUCUCUCUAUCACUCUGCAAGAAUAGAAAAAAUACAGUUGCUGUCCAGUGACAAAGAGACCGCGAAACUUUCAUUUGUUCAGUCAUUCUUUUUCUGAUUUUUUUUUUUUAAAUAUGUUUUUACUGCUAAUGUUCAUGUAGGAAUUAUGAUCAUUAUUGUUACUAUUAUUGUUAUUACUGUUUUCCGUACAAAAAAAGUUUAUUGUUAUUAUGAUUAUAAUGAUAAUUAUUAAAGGAAAAAAAAACAUUCUGUGUUGCAAAGAAAGUGAACAUUUUUGUUAUGUUGACUUAUGUAAUUCUGCACUUUUGGUUCAAGCGAUUUCUCUCCCUCUCUCGCUCUGUCCUCCCAGCCUUUCUCUUUCUCUUUCUCCUUUCUCACCCUCUCCUCUCUCCACAUCUCCUUCCUUCUAGUCACCCCCCCCCUUCUCUGUCAUCCUCCUCUGUCUCAUGCACACUUAGGACCCCUCCAUCCCCGUUUUCCCCUCGUUCCCUCGUUGUGACAUGUGGAAUUGUGGGUAGUUGUCAACUGACUUUCUUUAUCUUGUACAGAAACGCCAUGUAUAGACCACAGUGGCAGUGUCUGUUUAUAUCAAAUUUGUUUGUGUCUGUGGGGGGGCAUUUUUUUUUGUUAUAUUAUUGAUAUUAUUUGUAUGUAUGUUUUUUUGUUUUUUUGCCUAAAGAGGAGAAUUUGAGGGGGAUGAGGCAAAAGAGAUCCUCUUCGUAAGAAUCCAUAAGUGAUAAUUGUUGUUCUUAAUGAUUUUUGUUGUCUUAAUUUGUAUUUUUUUUGACACUUGAAGUGGAGGGUGUAAUUCGUAAUCAUUUCAAUGAUCUCACUUGUUGAUAUCACUGGCGUGUGCAGGGCAGCGUUUCACCUGUUGUGGGGGGGGUGGGGCGUGUAUUAAAUGGGCUUGUUGUCUGGGUCGCGGUGUUUGAUGAUCAUGAUGAUGAGAACCAAUCAAGAUCGUGGUCCAUGGUAGACUGUUAAGACCUGCCCACCUGCCUGGCUCUCUCCUCUUCCCCCACUGGUGAACUUGGUCUAGUAAUCGUUCCACCCUCCCGCCCCCGGGUCCCAGCCCUUAUACCUGUAAGUCAGCUUGUCAUUUUUUCCAUUACCCGAAAGAUGGACUGCCGACUUUUGCUCAAAAAUCGCAGAGGACUGUCAGGCUAAGACACGCCCCCUCGUCCCUCCUGCCUGCGCGGCUCUGCUCCUGUGACGAGGGCCCGCCUCCCAAACUGUGUCGCCAAACUGGUAGGCCUUCGCUCGGCUCCCCUCUCCGCCAUGGCCGCGUCUCCCCCCAGCCCAGCCCGGCUACGCCGUCACCUCUCCUGCUCGCUGGUGUGUCCCGUACAAACUGGAACCCUCUGGAAGAUGGGCAUCCCCGCGAAGGGACACUGGAAGCUGAGCAUUCAUCCACGUCCGCUAUCCAGUGCGCAGCUGCUGUACACCAGGUGGUGCCAGCCCUGUAUUUCAGAAUGGCCUAGGGGGUGGGAUUUGAACCAAGCCUUUGUCAGGUUCUCCUCGUCUGGGCUACCCCCACCUCGCCUUCUGAUUCGUUCCUUUUGUCCCUGGGGGGGCGUGUAUGUACCCUGUCUACCCCCCCCCCCCCCUUCUGCACCCGCUCUGUUUCUCGUUCUGUGUUUUGUAUGAUGUCCCCCCCCAUAUUCUUCAUUAUUUUUGUUUUGUUUCGUUGAACUACGAAAAUACUGAAGUGCGACAAAAAUACCAACCAAACUAAGAUUAAUAAAUAUAUAUAAAUAAAGUAAUAAUUGAAAAAG